GGCGGGGCGGGGCGGGGCGCUCGCGGGCUUCAGCCAGGCCGGAAGGCGGCCUUGUUGCCCUGGAGACGCUUUCCCAGCUGCCGGCGGCUGCCGCAACCCGCCAGGCCUUCGUCGCGAGCGACGCCCGGACCGAGAAGCCCCGGCCAUGGCCACGUCCACCGGGGUGUCCUUCUUGGUGGGCGACGGGGUGCCCGAGGCUGAGAAGAACUCGGAGCCGGAGAACACCUAUAUUCUGCGGCCUGUUUUCCAGCAGAGGUUCAGGCCCUCUGUGGUGAAAGACUGUAUCCAUGCUGUGCUCAAGGAGGAACUGGCAAAUGCUCAAUAUUCUCCAGAAGAAAUGCCUCAGCUCACAAAACAUUUAUCAGAAAACAUUAAAGAUAAAUUAAAAGAAAUGGGAUUUGACCGAUACAAAAUGGUGGUGCAAGUAGUGAUUGGAGAACAAAGAGGUGAAGGAGUAUUCAUGGCUUCUCGCUGUUUCUGGGAUGCUGACACUGACAACUAUACUCAUGAUGUUUUCAUGAAUGACAGUUUGUUCUGCGUUGUAGCAGCAUUUGGCUGUUUCUACUACUGAGUGAAUCUUUGAAAAGCUGGGAAAAGACAUGACCAUGAAGAAAUCUGAACUUUUUAAUAUUGUUAAAUAUCUUGACAAAAUAAAGAUGUUACUAGUUUGACAACUGAA